GGACCAUCAAUCGACUGCUGGACGCCAGACUCCCCAACUCUUGUGACUCCUUCCCUUCUGUUCAGCUGACCAAUACCCUUGUUUUCUCCCACACCUGUACCGCCACUCUGCACGCGCGCCUCAGGCCUUAUCGCCCGUUUGUACACACGUUUUCUUCCGCCGCAGCCUGUCCAGCUAGCGUUCCGUCAUCAGGCGGGACAUCUCCAUCAUCACGCCUCCAACUACCCUUCGCAAGCGGAAGGCCGACGAGGCAGACAACUACCUCAGCCCCGCAGAGGAACCACCCCAUAAGAAGACAAACUCGCCUGUUGUUAGCCUACCGGCCACGCCCGCAACUCACGCCGACAAAAUGGACUCCGACGACGACUUCAACAGCUCCAUGAGCGGCGACGACUUCGACGACCAGGACAGCGAUCUGGGCCUGGAAGAGGACUCGGACUUUGACAUGGAGCAAGAUGACGUCGGCUUUGAGACGCAAGACAAGGACAUCAAGCCCACCAAGCAGGCCUUCGAAGUAGACUUCAAAGUCUUUGAUCCUGCCCAGAUCCAAGCACAGCAAGACAAGCAGAUCGACGAGGUUGCGAGCAUCCUCGGCCAACCACCAGAGGCCGCUGCCAUCCUCCUCCGCCACCUGCGAUGGAACAAGGAACGUUUGAUCGACCAAUACAUGGAGAAGACGGAUGAGGUCCUCGAGACAGCAGGCCUGGGUCAGGACUCCACCACCAAUCCGCCCAAGGUCGAGCAGAUACCAGGUUUUGUCUGCGACAUCUGCUGCGACGAUGACAAGGACCUGCGGACGUUUGCCAUGAAGUGUGGGCACAGGUUCUGCUUGGACUGCUACAGGCAAUACCUCGGCACCAAGAUUCAAGAUGAGGGAGAGGCUGCCCGGAUACGCUGCCCCGGAGAGGGCUGCACCCGGAUAGUCGACUCGAAAUCGCUAGACCUUCUCGUUACAGCAGAUCUCCAAGACAGAUACCACACCCUCCUCACACGAACCUACGUCGACGAUAAAGAAAACCUCAAGUGGUGCCCCGCGCCCGAUUGCAAAUACGCCGUGGAAUGUCCGGUAAAGAGCAAGGAUCUCACCAAGAUCGUGCCCACGGUGCACUGCGAGUGCGGACACGACUUCUGCUUUGGAUGCACGCUGAACAACCACCAACCCGCACCUUGCGCUCUAGUGAAGAAAUGGGUCAAGAAGUGCGAGGACGACUCGGAGACAGCCAACUGGAUAUCGGCCAACACAAAGGAAUGCCCAAACUGUAACUCCACCAUUGAGAAGAAUGGAGGGUGCAAUCACAUGACAUGCAGGAAGUGUCGCAACGAGUUCUGCUGGAUGUGUAUGGGCAAGUGGUCGGAGCACGGCACGAGCUGGUACAAUUGCAACCGUUUCGAGGAGAAGAGCGGAUCGGAAGCCCGCGAUGCGCAGGCCAAGUCCCGGCAGUCGCUCGAACGAUACCUUCAUUACUACAACCGCUUUGCCAACCACGAACAAUCGGCUAAGCUAGACAAAGACCUCUACCUCAAGACGGAAAAGAAGAUGCAGCAACUGCAGAACUCGUCGGGCAUGUCAUGGAUUGAGGUGCAGUUCCUGGACCAAGCUUCACAUGCGCUUCAGCAGUGCCGACAGGUACUCAAAUGGACCUACGCUUUUGCUUACUACCUUGCACGAAACAAUCUCACAGAGAUUUUCGAGGACAACCAAAAGGACCUGGAAAUGGCCGUCGAGAAUCUCAGCGAGAUGUUCGAGAAGCCAAUCGAUCAGCUGAAGGACCUCAAGGUCGAUAUCCUUGACAAGACUUCAUACUGCACCAAGAGAAGGAUAAUUGUCCUCAAUGACACAGCGGAGAACCUGAAGCUCGGCACCUGGAAGUUUAACGUAGACUUGGUGUAGGACACCUACUUCAGUUAAUUGGUCUCUCCUGACGACCCUCAAAUCGCCACCCACGAUGGCAGCACGCGACGGCCCCCUCGCAGACGUUGUCGCCGGACCCUGAUGCCUGGUGGAGGAGUAGCUAAUCUGCACGCAGCCAACAGAAGGAGGCGACAUCAAUGAUAACGUUUGGGUUUGGCCCGCGCAAUGAAAGACAAGAAAGUUAGCAAAGAGCAUGACGUUUUCACACUGUUUUAUGUUGCAUGGAUAUGGUACGCACUGGCGCUUUUUCUUUUUUGGUGAUAAGGGUAUGGCAUUUUUUGGCAAUGGCGUUUUUUUUUUCUAUGUGUAUCAAUCUGUUGGCAAUCAGCGGUUCAGCGGCUAGGUUCUUAGCGGAAUCUGGGGUGUGUGUAUGUGGUUCUUUUCUUCUUCUCACUCAUCCCACUCUCACACAUAUUCGACGCA